AUGGCAGCGCAGUACGUCCUGACCUUUGUCGCUCUGAUCUUAGUUUCUCUGCCUUCGGCACUCGGGAUCUCUAAUGGGAAUAUCGAGGGAUAUAGUAUAAAUGGUAAAGUUAGAUUUCCAGGAUUCAGUGCAACUGGAUUUGGCCUCCCUGCUAAAAUCGCAAAUGUCAAAAUUAUUCUCAACGGUGGUCAAAAAGUCACCUUCCUAAGGCCUGAUGGAUAUUUUUCAUUCCAUAAUGUGCCAGCAGGAACUCAUCUCAUUGAAGUGGCUGCUAUCGGCUUUUUCUUUUCUCCAGUCCGAGUUGACGUGAGUGCAAGAAAUCCUGGUAAGGUCCAAGCAGCUUUAACGGAAAACAGGAGAGUACUUAGCGAGCUUGUCUUAGAGCCAUUGAGAGAGGAACAGUAUUAUGAGAUACGAGAACCUUUCUCGGUUAUGUCCAUCGUGAAAAGCCCUAUGGGCUUGAUGAUUGGAUUUAUGGUAAUUGUGGUGUUUUUGAUGCCGAAACUAGUGGAUGCCGAAGAAUUAAAACGAGCCCAAGAGGAAAUGGGCAACCAAGGUGUUCCUUCAAUUGCAAACUUUUUAGCUGGAGCACAGAGGCCGAAUUAG